AGUCCUAAUUAUCUAUUGAUCUUCUUGGUAUUACAGGAACUUGAGAUUGAUUAUUCCAAGUAUGAGCAUCCUCCUGUUCUAACAGUCGAAGCACAGGCCAAGUAUGUAAGCAGUAGCGAGGGAGCACUAAGUAAGAAUCUCUUCUUGAAGGACAAGAAACAUCGAUAUUACAUUAUUUCAGCCAUGGUAGAUACAAAAGUUGACAUGAAAGUUUUGUCUCAGAGACUUGGUCUUGGUAAAGGAGGAAUUAGAAUGGCUCCUGAAGAAGCACUUGGUGAGCUUUUGCAGGUGUCUCUUGGAUGUGUUACUCCGUUCGCAGUUGUAAACGAAUCAGCAAGAGAUGUGUCACUCUUGUUAGACAAAAACUUCAAGAACCAAGCACGCUGCAUCUUUCACCCAUUGUCUAACGACGUCUCAAUUUCUCUUAACACAGCGGGUCUAGACAAGUUUCUCAAGUCGAUUGGGAGAGAUUCUGUAUACGUUGAUCUUGAGGCAAAUGCUAACCCGGCGGUUGGUAAAGACCAGCCUCCGGAUCUAGCUCUCUAUGUUCCGGCUGCUUCAGUUGUUGUUCCCGAGCUUUCUAAUAAAGCAUCAUCUAUACAAACCCCUCCUACAAAGAAUGCGACUUCAGAGAUCAUUAAGCCUGUUGCUUCAGCCAAGCCGAGCAAACCAGCCGGUAAUGUGAAUAGUGUCUCGGCAAAUUCAGUUUCAUUAGAAUUCAAGAACCCUGAGAAAUUUGUGGAGGAGAUUUUGAACAGAACGUCGGCUCUAUUGUUGUCUGAGGCGAAGGGAGAGAGUGUGGAAGCUUUGCCAGGAACACUCAGAAAACGUCUUACCUCAGAGUUGACCCUUCUCGCUAUUAUGUACAAGAACACAGCGUACACUGAAGGUUUUCACGCAGGUAAAAACUACAAACCAUACCGACUGUAA